AUGGCGAGCGAUAAAUGUUGUGACCCUCCUUACGGAGAUGUUUUCUUGAAGCAGUCACUAGACGCCAACGAAAAGACCCAACUUCUAAACGCAAAGUGGGAAUCUGUUCAUCAUUACGGAAUUCCGAGCAAAUAUGUUGGAGGAAAAUUUCGAAAGAUACAGUUCCGUUGGUUUGUCGAUAACACAUGGUUGCAUUAUUCAACAAGUAAGCAGGGCGUAUAUUGUGCACCGUGUUUUUUAUUCAGUGGUAAAGAUGAAAACUCUAAACAAAAAUCACUCGCAGCUGUCCCUCUUGUCGACCCCAGCAACAUUGGAAAAACCAUUCAAGCUCAUGCAGUUUCAAAUUUGCAUAGAGAAUCAUGCGAGGCUGCCCACAACUUUAUUUCUGUGAUGACCGGAGACAAAAAGGACAUAGUAUGCAGUCUAUCGAGCGCACAUGAACAGACUGUUGAGAAAAACCGGAAAAUAUUAGUUGAUAUUGUGGACAGUUUGAUAUUGUGCGGAAGGCAGAAUAUUGCGAUUCGGCGUCACCAAGACGACAGGAGUAACUUCGCCGCAAUUCAUCAACUUCAGGCAAAGGACAAUACAGUCUUACGGGACCACCUUGAGCACGACAAUCCUCGUACGAAAUACACCUCGCCCGAAAUCCAAAACGAGUUAAUCUCUAUAUGUGGCGAGAUCAUCAGUAAAACAAUUGUGGAGGCAUGCAACGCCGCUCCAUUCUUCGGUUUUAUUGCCGACGAGGCCACAGAUGCGGCGACCAUGGAGCAAAUGGCUAUUGUUCUUAGGUACUACGACUGUGCACCUUCCCGGGUCUGCGAGGAUUUCUUGUGCUAUGCAAACUGUUCUGCCACCACCGGCGAGGCUCUCGCGAAUGCCUUUCUUCAAAACCUCGAGACAGCUGGAGUGAAUCUUCAGAAAAUGCGAGGACAAGGGUAUGACGGCGCUGCCAAUAUGGCCGGGCAAUAUCGAGGGGUACAGGCGUGUAUUCGACAGAUAUUUCCUAAGGCACUAUAUACACACUGCAAGGCCCAUUCUCUCAACCUUGCAAUUGUACAUGCAUCAAAGGAGCCCCUUGCACGCAACAUGAUGGGCACGGUCCAGGAGAUAGCAUUUCUGUUCGAUUAUUCGGCCAAACGUCUCUUUCAGUUCCAGGCAUCCUUAGCUGAAAAUGACCACGAACGAGUUGAAAUGGAAAAGCGUAAGAAACUGCAGACGCUCUGUGAAACUAGAUGGGCAGCCAGGGCGGACGCGCUAUACACUUUCAAAACAGCGUACGGGACGGUCGUCAAAUCACUAGAGAGGUUGAGCGAAAACAACGACACAAAGGCCGGAGCAUACAGAGCUGCAAUUACACAGUUCAGUUUUAUAAUAACUCUUGUAGCUAUUGAACAUGUAUUGUCAGGGAGUGUGCAGCUAUCCAAGCUUCUUCAGUCAACAACAUGUGAUCUAGUCCAAGCUGCCACCGAAGCAGAAGUUGUCAAAACGCAGGUAGAGAAAUGA